AUGUCAAAAUAUUUACAACUUGCAAUGGGGUUUAAAGAAGUUGCCUAUAAAGGGUUAGAAACAGGAUCUAAAUUAAUAGGUGCACAUGUUAUGCAAAAUGGAUCAAUUACAUUAGAAAUUAUCAACACUUUGGAAACCAUUGAUGAUGAUAAUGUUUUAAAAUUCCCAUUUUUGCAAAAUGAUUUAAAUAAAUUUCGAAAUAUUAAUCAUGAAUAUUUUUUAGAAAAUUUUAAAUUAACUACUGAUGAUUUAAUAUUUGAUUUUGUUAAUAGCAGAAUCGAAAGUUUGUCAUUUAAAUCAGAUUAUCUUAAAUUUGGUAAACAAUUUUAUAAUAAUAUUAUAAGAUCAGAUGAUUAUCAAGAAUCAAUGGUCAAAGUUAGUAAUUUCAUUGUUCAAACCAUAAAUAAUUCAGAAGAAAUUUAUAAUGAUAUGAUGGAAUGUACAUUAAUUCAGAAAUUCUUGAAAUUACACGCUGAAGGGGUUAUGGAUAUAGCAUUCAAUGUAAAUGAUGUUGAUACAAUAUUCAAUCGAGCCAUUAAAGCUGGUAGUGGGAUAAUAAGAUUACCAAAAAUAAUAUCUGAUGAAAAUGGGGUAGUUAAAUUGGCGACUAUUAGUAUACCUAAUUCUGAUAUACAGCAUACAUUGAUAGAAAACAUCAAUUAUACUGGACCUUUCCUACCUGGAUUCUCUCAACCAAUAUAUCCAUUGGCCGAUUAUUAUCAAGUUCAAUUAAAUAUGAUGCCUCCAGUUAAUUUAACAGUAUUGGACCAUUGUGUUGAAAAUUAUAGUUGGAAUCAAAUGAUGGAACAAGCAAAAUUAUAUGCUGAUAUGUUUGGAUUUCAUAAAUAUUGGUCAGUUGAUGAAGAUGAUAUAUCUACUGGGUUCACAGCAUUAAGAUCCAUUGUUAUGUCUUCGAGUAAUGGACAAAUCAAAAUGCCAAUUAAUGAACCAGUUAAAUCAAUUAUGAAAGGCCAAAUUGAAGAGUUUAAUGAUUUUAAUGGUGGUCCCGGAAUUCAACAUAUUGCAUUCCGAACAAACAAUAUAAUAGAAACAGUAAUGGCAUUAAUGCAACGAGGAGUCGAAUUCAAUCAUACUUCGGAGAACUAUUAUAACAAUUUAAAGCAAAGAUUGAACAACGAUGGGAUUAAGUUAUAUGAAGAUUUUGAUACCUUGAGAUCAUUAAAUAUAUUGAUUGAUUAUGAUCCAUCAACAAAACCAAAACCUAAACCAAAACCUAAAUCAAAAAGGAAAAGGAAUAAUAAAUGUAAUUAUCUAUUACAAAUAUUUUCUAAACCAUUACAUGAUCGUCCUACAUUAUUUAUUGAAAUAAUUCAAAGACAUCAUCAUAAUGGGUUUGGUAAAGGUACAUUCAAAGGAUUAUUUGAAAGCAUUGAAGAACAACAGAAAUUAAGAGGGACAUUUGUUAAAUCACAGAAUAAUUAA